UUGUUAUUAAAUCAUUAUUCGAUAUUCCAUUCGUAUUUAAUAUCGUUUCUUGAAAAAUCUUCCUAACAUUGUACAAUGAUUAAUUUCACGUGACGUUUUUAAAAUCACCACUUGGUGCUCAGUCCAUGUCAGAUGUUUUUUUUUUUUUACCGUAUACUUCUCCUCAAAUCGAAUACACCAUCAACGCUAACAGUAUUGUUUAAAGGUCGCCAUUUGAUCUCCGUUGGAAAAUGAGUUGCCCAAUGAUAUUAAAACCGUCGUAAACGAUGCACACGUCUAUGCAACGCCAUCAACACUUGCAAUUUUGACGUUCGUAUGCCGCCUGCUGGAAAUCGUAAUAAGACUAAAGUAAACACUAUUCGACUCGAUCAUGAACGACUGUGGGGCCCAACGAGUAGUGGCAUUAGUCGACAUGGAUUGUUUCUAUUGUCAAGUAGAGGUUCAACACGACCAGUCAUUGAUCGGCAAGCCGGUCGCAGUCGUUCAGUACAACAGUUGGAGAGGCGGUGGCAUAAUCGCAGUGAAUUAUGAGGCAAGAGCAAAAGGAGUAAACCGACAUAUGAGAGGAGAUGACGCUGUACAGGCGUGUCCAGAUAUAAAUUUAGUACGUGUGAAGGAGCUCCACGGAAAAGCAGAUUUAUCAAAAUAUCGUACAGCCAGUCAAAAAGUAUUUGAGGUUCUCAGUGAGUUUAGUUCUUGUGUACAAAGAGCUAGUAUUGAUGAGGCUUAUGUUGAUUUAACUAGUGUGGUAAAUCAUCAUAUUUCAACAAAUCAUAAUAUAAUUACAGAAAAUGACCUAUCCAAUACAUUUGUUGAAGGUUAUUCAGAUUAUAACUCAGAAGCAGAUAAAAGUGUGAGUAUAAAAUCUUGGCUCCACGAUGUAUAUAAUAAUGAAUUACAAGAUGAUUAUUUAUUACGUUUAACAAUCGGUGCUAUGAUGGUUGAAAAAUUAAGAAAAUCAAUUUUUGAACAAACUGGUUAUCGUUGUUCAGCUGGAAUUGCAAAUAACAAGAUUUUAUCUAAGCUUGCAUGUGGCUUACAUAAACCUAAUCAACAAACACUAUUACCGCCUUCUAGUGUACCUCAUUUGUUUGAAUCCAUUCCAAUAAAGAAAAUUAAAAAUUUAGGUGGUAAACUAGGAGAUAGAAUUAAGCAAGAAUUUAACUGCAAAUUCAUGUCAGAUUUAGCUGCAAUACCCUUAAAUGAUUUACAACAAAAAUUUAACUCAAAAACAUGUAACUUUUUGUAUCAAAUCUCCAAAGGCAUAGAUAAUGAACCAGUAGAAUCUAGAAUUAUACCCAAAUCAAUUGGUAGUUGUAAGUCAUUCCCUACAGGGCUAAAAGUCAAAGAUGAAAUAAAAAUGUGGUUGAACACGUUGAUGAAUGAUAUUGUGGAUAAAUUAAAAUAUGACUAUGAAGCUAACAAAAGAAAAGCAACAUUGAUGACUGUCAGUGUUAGAUACUUAGAUAAAAACACAAAAUUGCCGACAUCGCAGUGUUUUGAAGUUACAACAUAUAAUCAUAAUAAAUUAUUGGAUACUGCCUAUUCAUCGUUGUGUACCACAACUGAAAAUCAAAAAUCUUUACAUUGGAAAAAUCCAAUAUCUUUUUUGGGUGUAGCUAUUGGAAGGUUUGUAGAAAUUAAUGCUAAAUCAUCAAUAGACAAUUAUUUCAACAAGGGAGCUGGAAAAGAAGAAAAAGACAUUAAUAUUUCAUUGCCAGAAACCAGUACAACUUGCUCUAAAAUCAAUAAUGAAAAGGAUAAUUUUACAUUACCUAAUGAACUACAAUUUAAUUCUAAAACUAGUGCACUGCUAUCAAAUCAACUUCCGUCAUCAUCUAAAGAUAAAAAAAAAGAAACUGGUAUUAAUCAUGUAAAGAAUUUAAAAACCAUGUUUGCUCAAAUGAAAAGUUCUUGUAGUUCCUUAACUCAUUGUUCUUCAACAUUACAAAAUGUAAAUUCUAAAAAAGAAAUUAGACAGCAAUAUAAACAUGACAUAAAUAGUUUUUUCACAAAAAAACUGGAAAUUAUUUCUCCAAUUAAAAAUCAAGUCAAUAGAAAUGUAACAACAAUAAUAGAUAAAUUCUCCUCACCAAGUUCAGUGGGAUUUGAAUUGGAAAGCCCUAAUGUAAUUUCUCCUUCAAAAAAAAUAUUAAAUGAUAAUCUUAACAAACCAGAUCAAUCGACAGACAGUUUUUUCACAAAAAAACUGGAAAUUAUUUCUCCAGUUAAAAAUCAAGUCAAUGGGAAUUUAACAACAAUAGUAGAUAAAUUCUCCUUGCCAAGUUCAGUGGGAUUUGAAUUGGAAAGCCCUGAUGUAAUUUCUCCUUCAAAAAAAAUAUUAAAUGAUAACCCUAACAGAUCAGAUCAAUCAACAGAUAGUUUUUUCUCAAAAAAACUGGAAAUGGUAUCACCGUCAAAACACCAAAAAUCUGAUGAGUUAGAGUCAGUACCAAUUGUUCAAUUUUCUAGUACAGAAGAUACUAUUAAUUGUGCUCCUACUACAUUAUUAUGCGAAAGAUGUGAUAAAAUGAUUGAAAUUGAUGAAUAUGAUGAGCACAUAGAUCAUCAUGUGGCAUUAGAAUUGAGCGAAAGUUUGAAUGUUAUCAAUCCUAGACAGACAUUAAAUAAUAAAAUAAUCAAUAAUGAACUUACAAAAAAGAAAAAAAAUGAGUCUGGUAAAAAACGUAAACACAAUUCCAAAGCUUCAAGUUCAAAUUCCAAGAAACCAUGUACGAGUAUUUCAACAUAUUUUAAACCACUCUUAAACCCGUGAUUAUUUUAAAUAAUCUUAUAUAAUUUAAUGAAUUUAAUUAUUAUUUUUUUUUUACAACCAAAAUUAUUGAUUUUCUUACUAAAAUAAUUGAUAUAUUUUUAUUUUAUUUUUUACACAGUAAAAUAUAGUCAAUUGUAAGCAAAUGUAAAUAUUUAUGUAUUUUAAUAAAAAAAUUAAUAAAUUUAUAUAUCGACAUA